AUGAAUCAUCAAACAAUUGAUUUUAUUCCAUUAUGCCAAUCAAUUCAUCUCGGUAAACAAUGGUUAACAUCAAUGGGUUAUGCAGCUCAUCUUUUUAAUAUUAAUAUACAAUAUUCAAUGAAUCUACCACGACAUGCACUUCAAGCUUCAGAAAUCGAUCGUGUUACACAAGCAAGAGUUUCAGAUGAUUAUUAUAUACAUAUUAAUAGACAAAUUUCUCAAUGGAAUAUAGGCAUAUCAUCAAUGUUAGCUAAUGCUAUUGGAAUAGCUCCAUUUAAAGAUGUUUUUUUAGUCAAAUCAAUAUCAACCUGGUGCUCCAUAUAA